AAGAGAACACAGCGGUGCCAUUUUGCUUCUUAUUAAUGUUAAGAUGUCCUCCAGCUUAAUUGUGGUGGCUACGUUGAUGCAGUUUGUAUCCAACACAACAUGUUUUGUAAACUUGGUUCACACCCCUGGACAAAGUCUUCAGGGACAGGCAAACAUGAAUAUACAGCCUACUGACGCUAGGUGGACUGCUCAGCGUGCUGUUGAUGGGAAUAUAAAUCAGCUUUACUCAGGCAAUUCUUGCGCAGUAACUCAACUUCAUUCUGAACCUUUGUGGUGGAAGGUGUGGUUUAACAGGAUAUUCAAUAUCGCUUAUUUGGAAGUAUACUUCGGAUCAGAUACAUAUCCGAGAUCAACAGGAUUCUAUAUUUACAUAUAUGACGAUAAAACUUUCUCGCCACCAAGUGGCAAUACAGGAAGUAUUGUCUAUCAUCACGAUCCCAUGUCAGGUUGUCCGGUUUCAGUGAUGAACAUCACCGUGAACAGAAUAGCUCACGGUGUAGCUUUUUAUAACGAACGUCCACCAGGAUUCUCCACAGUGUGUCCAGAUGUAGAUGCAAACCAAACGUCUCUGGGGAUUUGUGAAGUCAAAGUCCACGGCAUGUUUACGGAUAGAAAACCCAUGAAAACAGUGAAUAACGGUUGCCAAAUAGAAGUCAACAAUCCCUGA